AUGUUGGGAUAUCGGGAUAGACCACUCAAGCCAAUAGGCAACAUCGUGGUCGCAUUGUGGUCGUUGGUUGGAGCGUUUUGUGGGGUGGCUUUAGUGGCAUCUGUUUCGAAACGGGUACCUUCUUUUGAAGCGCGUGAUGCAACGGUGAUCGUUGGCAGUUUUGGCGCGGUGGCAGUGAUUGAGUUCGGUGCGAUCGACUCGCCCUUCGCACAACCACGCAAUGCAGUCCUGAGCCAGAUUAUUGCCUGUUUCUUCGGUGUCGGGAUAUCGAAGUUGUUUGCCUUGAACCCUGGUGCUGAAGCGUAUACUGAGCUUGGGGGCGCUCUGGCUUGCGCUCUUACUACGGCUGUCAUGCUUCUCACCAAAACUACACACCCGCCUGCGGGUGCGACUGCUCUUCUGGCAGUGACACAUUCUCAGACUGUUGCUUUGGGCUGGUUUCUGUUUCCGGUCAUAUUGCUUGGAGUCACACUGAUGCAGGCUGCGGCAGUAAUCAUCAACAAUAUCCAGCGUCGGUAUCCGCUAUACUGGUGGACGUCACAUCCUCUAGCACGGUCUCGUGGGGAUGUGGAAAAGGCUAUUCAAAAUGGAUCCCCUAGUCUCUCUAGUCAUUACGAGGAUAGUCUGAUUGAUGUUCCUCGGCGGUUGGUCGUAGAACAUGGUGACAUUUCAGUGCCUAGUGGGAUAUUGCUUUCUGCCGAGGAGCAAGAAGUGUUGCUGAAGAUUAGCAAAAGACUUUAA